UACAGCCUGGGUUUAGUGCGCACAGCUACCGGUACAUUUGUUUGUAAACAAAACCACGUGUAGCCGGCCUGGAGCUGCUUAAUUGGCACCCUCCCAUUUUCUUAGAUUUAUUUUGAUCCAGCUCAUGUCAAGCUAUUUUUUUCUUGGUGAAGAUGGUUAACUGCGUUGUUUGUUACAACAAAUGAUAGCAAUGUCUAUGAAGAGAAAACGAAUAUACGACGGUGACGAAGCACGGCAGCUUUUUGAAGCGCUGUAUUUUACAGACCCCGCAACGACUGACACCGGCACCGAGUCAGAGUCCGCGUCCGAGACUGGUCUUAGGCUCUGCCUGAGCUCUGACUCAGAGUCCAACACUAGUUCCGAUGAUGAUGAGCAUAGUCUUGGACAUGGACAAUCAGCAUCAUCUACGAUCACCAACAUCGUCAGUCAGUCAGAAGACGUCACUGAUGAUAACGAGGUAGGACUUGAAGUGUUCAAUUUGAAGAGGCAAGUGAAGGCAGGUCAUUCAAGAUUUCAGCUCCAAACAAGUGAAGCAGAACUUCAAUCAGAAUCAGAUGGAGAAAAAAGAGCUGUUUCAGAAGUAGAUUGGAACAUUGAUGAAGAAUUAGAUGGAGAGGAAAGACCUGUUUCAGAAGUAGACUGGCACAAUGAUAAAGAAUCAGAUGGAGAAAAAAGAGCUGUUUUGGAAGUAGAUUGGAACAAUGAUGAAGAAUCAGAUGGAGAGGAAGGAGCUGUUUCAGAAGUAGUCUGGCACAGUGAUGAAGAAUCAGAUGGAGAAAACAGAGCUGUUUCGGAAAUAGAAUGGAAAAAUGAGGAUGUAACUCGUGGUAGGAAAAGGCGAAGAGCACAUUUCAUUGAUUCAGAUUCAUCAGUUUGCAGUGAUGGACAUAUAGGAUCCUACAUGAAGGGCAGAAAACGAAAUAAAGAAAGCCUUGAAUUGUCUGCCAUCCUGCGGAUGAAGUGUUGUAAGAAAUUCUGUCUACAUAAAGUUUCCAGAGGUGAAGUGUUCAAAUUUCGUACCUCCUUCCUUGCAAAGUCCAAAUCAGAGCAAAGGCAAUGGCUUCUGCAACACCUUUACGAACACCAUGAAACAAGUGGCAGUUUCAUAACAUACAUGUUCAACAUUGGAACAACACACCUUUGCCAACGAGGUUGGAGGCUUGCUCUUGGUAUUAAGAGAACAAGGAUGUGGCAGGUGCAACGUGAUUUCGAAAAUGGGGUAAGGAGAUACAUGGCACCAAACUAUCAUCGUAUUGGGAUGCAGUCUUCCAAAGUACUCAAUUCAAUUGCUUGGCUCUCAGACUUUUCAAAUCGCUUUGGAGAGAAGUUACCUACAUGUCAAAAGAUUCACCUGCCAUCAUGUCUUACGAGAGAAAGUAUAUACAGACUCAUGAAGGAGGAAGUGGAAAACAAAUGUGCAGAGGUGUGCAGCAAGUCACGUUUUUUCCAUGUUUGGAGGAAGGAAAUGUCACAUAUUAGCAUUCCAAAGGUUAACCGAUUUUCGAAAUGUGACAUUUGCACUACACUGAAGACCAAUAUUGAGAAGACAACUGACAAGGUGGCAAGGCAGACCCUGUAUCAACAACGAGAGAUACAUCUAGAACAACAGAAAAAUGAGAGACACAAAUACUACAAACAUAUACAAAAGGCUCGACGGGAACCGACCAAGUAUAUGAGUAUAAUCGUUGAUGGAAUGGAUCAGAAGGCAACAAGCAUCCCACGAUUUUACCGACAGUCCAAGUCAACGAGCUCAGCUUGGAAAUUACAGUCACAUAUUACUGGGGCUCUUGUUCAUGGAAGAGGAACCCAUCUCUUUGUCGAUCUGAAGGAAUUCCCCCAUGAUUCAAACUUGACUACCAAUAUCUUGCUCAACAUUCUACGGAAAUACGACAAAACUCUGCCUGAUGUUCUCUACCUGCAGAUGGACAACUGCGGAAGGGAAAAUAAAAACCAGUGUGUCAUAGCACUUUGUGCUCUGCUAGUGGAACUGAAUGUAUUUCGAAAGGUAAAAAUAGGCUUCCUUAUGAAAGGACACACACAUGAAGACGUGGAUCAACUAUUUAGCAGAGUUUCAGUGCACACAUCCAAGCAGAACAUUCCAACCCUAUCAUCAUUAAUGACCAACAUCACACAGGGGUAUAAUAAACCCAACACGACAUCAGAGAGAUUAACUUCAAUUUUCAACAUACGUGACUGGCUCCAACCCAACAUGCACAAAGUGUCUCACCACAGCCACCCUCACCAGUUCAGAAUAACCAAGGAUGAAAAUGGAAAGGCUGUACUACAUACAAAGAAAUGGAGUAAUACUUCUGAGUGGCAGUGCACAACAGGAGAAAAUUACAUCAUCAAGACUCAUCCAGAAGGAGUACCUCACAUUGUAGAACCGUUUACAGCUGAACUUGAUCUUAAUAAUCUUCGGCGAGAUCUACCCAAAUACAAACCUUACCUGACCCAAGUAGAAGUUACUGAAUGGGAAGAGCUUUUAAGCUCUCUGGAAUGCAGUGAUGACAAUAACUUAAAUGACACUUGGAUGCUGCUGGACAUUCUCAUGGGCAAGGAUUCACAAGCUUCAAUCCAACAACGACCUGAAAAUGGAGAAGAGAAUAAUGUGGCUUUCUCAAAUGAUGAGCAGGCACCCAUUAUUCCCGUUAACAUCGGUCCUAAGCAACGGCCUGAAAGAGUUCCUCCUCAGUUGAGAGUCGACUGUAUGAUUGGGGUCUAUCUGAGAGAAUACAGGCAUGAAUGGCCACAAGUUGGGAAAGUCACCGCAAUAGGGCAGGAGAGCAUCACAUUACACUGGUUUUCAGGGACAGCAACAUCUACAUGGACGCCAUUGUACCGAAAAGCUAGAAAAGGACAAGAACCAUACAUUCAGACCAUUCCAUCAGCAAGCACCAUCACACACCCAUUUCAUCUCACUGGAACAGACAAGCUUCCCCAGGAAGUGCAGCGCCAACUUCGAGAAAAACAUGAAGAACUAUACUCGUAGUACUGGAGGAUAUGAUAUGCUACAUUGUGUUUCUUGGGUCAUCUGUCUGAACAUCUCUACAUGUGUACAUCUAUAUCUGUCAAUCCUAUU